ACUUUUGAGCAAAUGCAAAUCAUCACACUUUCAAUGCGAACUUAAAAUCAAUCUAAGGUUCUCUCUUGUAUAAAGCCGCAACUGAGUUACAUUACCCAACAUAAGAUAGGGUAACAGUAACAGAUUCACGAUUUCAUACGUGCCACUCUUCUUUAACUCUCUCUCAUCCUCUUCCUUUUUCUCUAUUUGUCUCUCACCUCUUUCAGGCAAUUUCUCUCUCUCCCUCUCUCUGCUUCUCUUUUUGGAACGAAGAAACCUGCGGUUAGUUUACAAUGACCGAACCUUCCAAAGUCGUUCACGUUCGAAACGUUGGGCACGAAAUAUCUGAAAAUGAUUUACUCCAGCUGUUUCAGCCUUUUGGUGUCAUAACCAAGCUUGUUAUGUUGCGUGCCAAAAAUCAGGCUCUUCUCCAAAUGCAAGAUGUUCCUUCUGCAGUUAAUGCUUUACAAUUUUAUGCAAAUAUCCAGCCAAGUAUAAGGGGGAGGAAUGUUUAUGUUCAGUUUUCCUCACAUCAAGAACUGACAACAAUGGAUCAAAGUCAAGGACGAGGAGAUGAGCCAAACCGAAUUCUCUUAGUUACAAUUCAUCACAUGCUGUAUCCUAUAACAGUGGAUGUGCUGUUUCAAGUAUUUUCACCCCAUGGAUCUGUGGAAAAGAUUGUAACAUUUCAGAAGUCAGCUGGCUUUCAAGCUCUCAUCCAGUUUCAAUCACGUCAGAGUGCUGUUAAUGCGAGAAGUACACUUCAGGGACGCAAUAUUUAUGAUGGUUGCUGUCAGCUGGACAUUCAAUUCUCAAACCUUGAUGAAUUACAAGUGAACUACAAUAAUGACCGUUCAAGAGACUUCACCAACCCAAAUCUCCCAACGGAGCAGAAAGGAAGACCUUCGCAACAGCCUGGAUAUGGUGAUGCGGGAAAUAUGUAUGCUGCUCAAGGUUCUGGAGGCAGGGCAGUUGGAUUUCCACAGAUGGCUAAUGCUGCAGCCAUUGCAGCUGCCUUCGGGGGAGGUUUGCCUCCUGGAAUAACUGGGACAAACGAGAGGUGUACAGUGCUUGUAUCAAAUCUUAAUUCUGAUAGAAUUGAUGAGGAUAAGCUAUUCAACUUGUUCUCUAUUUAUGGGAAUAUUGUGAGAAUUAAACUUCUCCGAAAUAAACCAGAUCAUGCACUUAUCCAGAUGGGUGAUGGCUUUCAAGCUGAAUUGGCUGUACACUUUCUGAAGGGAGCCGUGUUGUUUGAGAAACAGUUAGAGGUCAACUUCUCCAAGCAUCCACACAUAACCCAAGGUGCUGACACACGUGAAUACAUCAGUUCAAAUCUCAACCGUUUCAACCGUAACGCAGCCAAAAACUACCGUUAUUGCUGCUCUCCUACAAAGAUUAUCCAUUUGUCCACACUCCCACAAGACAUCACUGAGGAGGAGAUUGUGAACCUUGUAGAGGAGCAUGGAACCGUUGUCAACAGCAAAGUCUUUGAGAUGAGUGGGAAAAAACAGGCUCUGGUUCAGUUUGAGAAUGAGGAACAGGCUACUGAAGCCCUUGUGUGCAAGAAUGCCAGCACACUUUCUGGCUCAGUAAUCCGUAUCUCCUUUUCGCAGUUACAGAAUAUAUGAGUCUUUGUUAAGAAGUUGUUGAGCACAACAGGGACAGGGAUACUGAAUUUGGGAAGGAUGUUUUUUUAUGUAGAUCAUAGUCAUCUUCAUUAUCUUGUAAUGCUCGCCUUGCUUUCCAACUGAUUUUACUCAUAAUAUCCGCUCUUCCAUUUUUCAUCUUUAUUCAUUUAUCUUCUCAUC